GGGCGGAAGGAACCGAUCUGGGCUGCCACCGUGUCCCAGCCGGCGCCACAGCCGCAGCCAGAGCUUCGCUGGGCCCGAGUCCGCGCUGAGCGCCCUCCCCGCCGCCCGCCGCGUCCCAGCGCCCGCCGGAGCCGCCCGCACACACCUGAAGCGGCCGGGCCGGGCCUUUCCUCGGCCCUCUGCUCGUCCUCCCCGCCCCGCACCGGCCUUCACUCUGGAGCGGCCCCGGCAGCCGCAGCAAGGACGGCGGCGGCGGAUCGAAGAGCUCUCCAGGUCGUCCCGGGAGAGGCUGCUGCAGUCCCGGGACAAGAUGUUCUCCAAGUUCACCUCCAUCCUGCAGCACGCCGUGGAGGCGCUUGCACCUUCUCUUCCUUUACAAGAAGAUUUUAUUUAUCACUGGAAGGCAAUUACCCAUUACUACAUAGAGACUUCAGAUGAUAAAGCCCCAGUGACAGAUACAAACAUUCCAUCUCAUCUGGAACAAAUGUUAGAUAUAUUGGUACAAGAAGAAAAUGAACGGGAAUCUGGAGAGACGGGGCCGUGUAUGGAGUAUUUGCUUCAUCACAAGAUCUUGGAAACAUUAUACACAUUAGGGAAAGCUGAUUGUCCUCCAGGAAUGAAACAGCAGGUGUUGGUAUUUUAUACAAAGCUUCUGGGACGAAUCCGGCAGCCGCUACUUCCACACAUUAAUGUACAUAGACCAGUGCAGAAAUUAAUUCGACUCUGUGGGGAAGUCCUUGCAACUCCAACGGAAAAUGAAGAAAUUCAGUUUCUCUGUAUUGUGUGUGCAAAGCUGAAACAAGAUCCCUACUUGGUUAAUUUUUUUCUUGAGAAUAAAUUGAAAUCAAUGGCUUCCAAAGGAGCACCAAAUGUAAUUUCAGAAGACACGUUAAAAGGUCAAGAUUCCUUGUCAACAGAUACAGGACAGCCCUGCCAGCCAGAGGAACUCCCUGGUGCUGCUGGAAUGGAACAAUUAGAGUUGGAAGAUGAGCCUCCUCAUCAGAUAGAUGAUCUGUCUGCCAGCUUGGAUAACCUAAAGGUCACUUCACUGCUGGAGGCCUCAGUUGUUCGUUCAAACCAGGAUUACAAUUUAGUGAACUCUUUGUUAAAUCUCACUCGAAGUCCUGAUGGCCGAAUAGCUGUGAAAGCAUGUGAGGGCUUGAUGUUGUUAGUCAGUUUGCCAGAGCCUGCAGCUGCCAAGUGCCUUACGCAGAGCACUUGCUUGUGUGAACUACUGACAGACAGACUUGCUUCUCUGUACAAGGCCCUACCUCAGUCAGUGGAUCCGUUAGAUAUUGAAACUGUGGAAGCAAUUAACUGGGGCUUGGACUCAUAUAGUCAUAAAGAAGAUGCUUCAGCAUUUCCGGGAAAACGAGCCUUAAUUUCAUUUCUUUCCUGGUUUGAUUAUUGUGAUCAGCUCAUUAAGGAAGCACAAAAGACUGCUGCUGUUGCUCUAGCCAAAGCUGUUCAUGAAAGAUUUUUCAUAGGUAUCAUGGAACCUCAGUUAAUGCAAACUUCAGAGAUGGGUAUUCUGACCUCAACGGCUCUGCUUCAUCGCAUUGUUCGGCAAGUAACCUCCGAUGUUUUGCUUCAAGAAAUGGUGUUUUUCAUCCUUGGAGAACAGAGGGAACCAGAAACCCUGGCAGAAAUUAGCAGACAUCCUUUAAGACAUAGGUUAAUUGAACAUUGUGAUCACAUAUCUGAUGAGAUAAGCAUAAUGACAUUAAGAAUGUUUGAACAUCUUUUGCAAAAACCCAAUGAGCACAUUCUUUACAACUUGGUCCUAAGAAAUCUUGAAGAGAGAAAUUAUACAGAAUAUAAACCUGUGUGCCCAGAAGAUAAAGAUGUGGUAGAGAAUGGCUUGAUAGCAGGAGCAGUAGACCUAGAAGAGGAUCCAAUAUUUACUGACAUUUCACCAGAUAACACUUUGUCAAAUCAAGAGUGGCUUAGUUCUUCACCUCCUGCUACUCCAGACCACCCCAAAAAUGAUGGGAAAACUGAAGUCCAUAAGAUUGUAAAUAGUUUUCUCUGUCUAGUACCAGAUGAAGCAAAAUCAUCCUAUCAUGUUGAGGGCACUGGAUAUGACACCUACCUCCGAGAUGCUCACAGGCAGUUCCGGGACUACUGUGCUAUCUGCUUGAGAUGGGAGUGGCCUGGGUCUCCAAAAGCAUUGGAAAAGUGCAAUUUAGAUGCAGCUUUCUUUGAAGGUCAUUUUCUGAAAGUUUUAUUUGACAGAAUGGGAAGAAUUCUUGAUCAGCCAUAUGAUGUGAAUUUACAAGUAACCUCGGUGUUAUCCAGACUUUCUCUCUUCCCUCAUCCACACAUUCACGAGUACCUUUUGGAUCCUUAUGUGAACCUUGCUUCUGGCUGUAGAUCUCUCUUCUCUGUAAUCGUCAGGGUCGUUGGAGACCUUAUGGUUCGAAUUCAGCGUAUUCAGGACUUCACUCCCAAACUUUUGCUGGUCAGGAAGCGACUACUUGGUUUAGAACCUGAGGGUCCUAUUAUUGACCACAUCACCUUGCUAGAGGGUGUGAUCGUGUUGGAAGAAUUCUGUAAGGAACUGGCAGCGAUUGCAUUUGUGAAAUACCAUGCUUCCUCCACACCAUAAAUAGCAUCUUUCAAGUAACUAGGGAAACAGAACUAUUGUGUUUAUUUCAUCAAAAAAGACUCCUUUCCACCCAUUCAAGAGAGAAUAAAUAGCCUUUUUUAAUGAAGUAUUGCUCUAAACUGAACAGAACCAUUAAGAACCCCCUGAGUGGACACUUGGUAAAAUGUUGUAUGAUGUUUUUCAUUGGCUUUAUCAUAAUGGGUCUAUAUAUAAAAUUGCACGUCAUUGAAUCCAGGAUACAAUCAAAGGAACUUCAGGAAAUAAGCAUUUCAAAUGACUGUGAAAAGCUGCAAAAUUUCCGAUGUCAUGACUUUGAUGAUUUCUGUUAUUUCAUUAUCUUUUUAGGUAGCAAGGCAUUUUGACAUUCUCUGGGACUCAAGUGCUUAUAUUCUUUUGGAUUAAUAAGUAGCAAAGAAAAUCACUAAUUUUAUAACUUUUUAAGGUCAGAAUUCUUAUCAAACAAAAUAUGAAAAGAAACUGUAAAUUAGAAAAAAAUACUAUUCAGGAACCAUCAAAGGAACUGAGUUAAUUACAGGAGUUGAUAACCCAGGUAAAAAUGUGUAGAGCACCAUUAGCUUACUUCAGCUUUUCUAAGAAUAACAAUUUUAUGUGAUAAAGAAAUUCUUGGUUAAUAUAUAUAUUUUUAAAGAACGUUCUUUUACUGUUUUGUGCAUGUAGCCAUGUUGGUGAUUAAUUUUCAUGUGUGGAUUCCAGUUUAUUUAAACUGUGUCAUUUUUGCAACAUUGUUGAAUAUUUGCUCAUCAUUGGUAGUAUUUGCUAAAAUAGUAUUUUUUUAAGCUAAUUAACAUGUAUUGGGUUGAGAAUCUUUUAUUUUUUCCUUCUCUCUUUAAAAGUUGACACAUAAAAGUGCUUUAUAAUUUGAUAUUCUCAUUGAAAUCCAUGGUAAUGUGUAAGAAGGGAAUCGGGCUGAUAACUUUUAGACAGUAAUCAAAAUGCCAAUAGCCUCCUUAAUGUUUACAUAUUUCAUUUUGUUCAGUCUUUUGUUUUAAAUGAUUCUAAAGAGAUUUAAGAAAACAAGCAAAAACCAGUCUUUUAGAUGUCCUGUUUACAUGUUAAAGGAUUUUGGUAAAUUGGGUAUAUAUGUCAAUGGGUAUAUGUGUAGGAAAGUGUGUUGAUAGUUCUAUCGAGCAAAGCUGUGCUGUGCACAGCAUGUUUAUACUGAUAAACAAAAUGGUGUUUGCUAGUCCAUUUCCUAGUCUUCAUUUAAGUGAUGAUUAUCACUCAAAUAUUCCUUUUAAGCUAUCUUUUGUUUUUCGUUAAAAUAUUAAGCAGCAGCACUUUCCUCCUUAUCUUUACUUACUGAUAUUUGGGGGAGCAGAAUAUCAAACUUUUCAACUUGAAAGGAACAGUCACUGCCCCUUCUGAGAAGCUAUUUUAUGUAGCAUGUUUGCUUAUAUACAUCAUGUGGCAUAUGCAUAGAAGCAUGUUUUAUACUUUUUUGCUAAUUUUGUGUUUUUCUGAUUUAUAAAGUCAGUGUUUGCUAUUUAUUAAGAACGAAAUUUCAAAAGAUUAUGAAUAUUGUUGACUCUAGAAUGUCACCACUGUUAAAACAACAACAAAAUGACUAAAUUUCUGAUUUAAUGCAAAACCCAGCAUUCCAAAAUUUAUUAAGUAAAAACAGUGAAAAAAAAAAAAAAGUAGGAGAUAAUUACUUCAUGCCUGGUUUUCUUUAAAUGAUUUAAGUGAUGAGAAGGCAUUAUUCAGUUUACUCUGUUUAUCAAUCACUUCAUGCAAGGAACACUGCGACAUCUCCAUUUUUAGAUGCAGUGAUGGUCUUCUUUUAUGUAAGUGUAUUUAAGAUAAAGCAGUAAGAGAUAUUAGAUCUUCCUUAAUGUUUUCACAUAGUGCUCAGUAGGUAUAAUAGCAAUGAUGUUACCUCUCAAACCAAAUACUAUUUGAUCCUUGAUUUCACAGUGGGACCUUAUAGCUAAUCCAUGAAACCAAGCUCAGAAAGCUUUAACCCUUUUUUCCUGUGUGUGUGUGUGUGUGUGUGUGUGUACGCUGCUUCAGAAAACAUAAUUGUCCUAAGUUAUUGUAAUGACUUUGAUUUGUAAUCAGCUAAAGCUUAAGGCAUACUUUUUUAAAAAAUUUGUUUCUCUUCUAAGUUUCAUAUAUAUAUAUAAAUAUAUGUAUUUCAUAUUUAAUUCAGACCUAGAGCCAGCAUAAGUUCUUGCAGUGAGUUGAAUUUGUUAGUGAAACAUUAUACUACAUCACUAGUCUUUUUCUUACUGUCUCUGGAAAACUGAAUGUUUCCUUUAUUCAGUACUUGCAAAAACACUGUUUGGGGUGGAAAGUACCACCUCAGCAAUCAAUUAUGAUAGCAGGUUCUAAAAUGAACUUUAGCCUUGCUCAUAUUUGUAUAAAUAGGGAUGCACAUUUAAAAAAAAAAAACUAACAGUAUAGUCCUUGGGUUUAUUUUUAGUAAUGAGCCACAUUCUUUAGUUGAUAGAACUCAGAUUUGACCUUAG